AUGAAGACCUUCCUCGUCUUUGCCCUCCUCGCUCUUGCGGUGGCAAGUGCCGUUGCGCAAAUUUCACAGCAACAACAACCACCAUUUUCACAGCAACAACAACCACCAUUUUCGCAGCAACAGCAAUCACCAUUUUUGCAACAACAACAACAACCACCAUUUUCACAGCAACAACAACCACCGUUUUCACAACAACCACCAAUUUCACAGCAGCAACAACCACCAUUUUUACAGCAACAACCAUUUUCGCAGCAACAACAACCACCAUUUUCACAGCAACAACAAAUACCAGUUAUUCAUCCAUCUGUUUUGCAGCAGCUAAACCCAUGCAAGGUAUUCCUCCAGCAGCAGUGCAUCCCUGUGGCAAUGCAGCGAUGUCUUGCUAGGUCACAAAUGUUGCAGCAGAGCAUUUGCCAUGUGAUGCAGCAACAAUGUUGCCAGCAGUUGCGGCAAAUCCCCGAGCAAUCCCGCCAUGAGUCAAUCCGUGCUAUCAUCUACUCUAUCAUCCUGCAGCAGCAGCAACAACAACAACAACAACAACAACAACAACAACAGGGUCAGAGUAUCAUCCAAUAUCAGCAACAACAACCCCAACAGUUGGGCCAAUGUGUCUCCCAACCCCAACAGCAGUUGCAGCAGCAACUCGGGAAACAACCUCAACAACAACAAUUGGCACAUGGUACCUUUUUGCAGCCACUCCAGAUAGCUCAGCUUGAGGUGAUGACUUCCAUUGCACUCCGUACCCUGCCAACAAUGUGCAGUGUCAAUGUGCCGUUGUACGAAACCACCACUAGUGUGCCAUUAGGCGUUGGCAUCGGAGUUGGUGUCUACUCAUAAGAAAAGAUCUCUAGUAAUAUAUAGUUGGAUCACCGUUGUUUAGUCGAUGGAUAUGUCGAUGUAGCGGUGACAAAUAAAGUGUCACACAACGUCAUGUGUGACCCGC